UUGGUGCAUGCUCCAUUGAGCUUCUUACUCUUUUCCUUAUUCUCGAUUCGAUCUUACAGCUUGCGACCGUCUUGAAAUACUCCAUUAGGGCCUAUUUAUAGCUUGCUUUUGCUUGCUCUCUACGCAAGUGUCUCUUUGGGUGCUUUAUGAAUGAUUUCCAAUAUUGUGGCAUUGGCAUGAUGCAGGCUCGAGUACUGCAGAAUGAGGAUAAGCAGAGAGAGGUCCGCCGUCUAGUCGAUCAGCUCGAUAAGGACCUGUCCGAGAAGAAACUCUCGUCUGCAGGUAAGCCUAGGAAAUUAACAUGAAUCAUGACUUUGCCAUUGGCUAAUUUAUGCUAAUUUAUCGUGAUAUCAGAGAAAGUUAAUGUCAUCCUGACCCUUCGGCAACACGGGAUAAAUCCGGAUAAUGCAGAAGCAAUAUACUCCAAAAAUGUAUCUCGACCGAUUUCCGUCCUUGGACCGGAACUUUCUGACGCUGUUAGGGGAUCGCACUUCUUACUAAAUAUGGAUUGGACGGGGAGACACAGGAUAUACGACGAGCCGCUCUACGUACCAUUGCCAAUGCGCUCUUGCUGAAGGAGGAGAUGAGGCAGGUCUUCGUUGAUACAGGGUGUGUUGGAAGGUUGGCCGAGAAGCUAAAGACCGAGAGCUCCGAAGACGAGAUGAUUGUCGCCCGCAUACUGUUUCUUACUACAUAUAAUACGGAUCUGAGCUUCAAAACAUUGAUCACUGAGCAUUCUCUCGGUGAAAACAUAAAUUAUCAAAUAACGCGCCAUGCGAAGCAGCUGCCUAAGAGUGGCAAGAAGACUCUUGCAGGGACUGACGAGUCUGCCUUUACCGAAGUUCUGAAAUUGCUCUUUAAUGUCGGGAAGCUCAAUCCUGAUCUCGCUGAUGCGUUCACCCAGUCCACUCUGUAUAUGCUUAAGACUAUCAGUCGAUUAGAUAUUCCGCCACAGCCUCUCGAUGGUCUGAUCGGGCACCUUAUCAAUGCUCUAUCAGUAUUGGACCUUACAGAUAAGCCGGGCAAAUUUGAAAGCAGUCCAUUUUUCCCGAAAUUCAACCAAAAUUGCAAUGUUGACAAGCUGAUCAACGUUCUGGAUGCAGCUGUGCGAUAUUAUCAAACGGACCAGUUGGAGACUCGGAUAGUGCUUCUGAUACAGUUACUCAUCACCAUAUAUGAACAAGCUCCGGAAGGCCCGAGAAAGUACAUGGAAUGGCUUCUGCUUCCUGAAGAUCAGGAUCGGAGUGCUCCUAUCGGACGCAGCGACACCUUGUCCUCCAAACUGCUGUCGCUUACAACAACGCCGUCCGUGCAUCUAAAAACGGCAAUCUCAGAACUCAUGUUCGUUCUUUCAGGGAAGAGUCCCGAAAAGUUGACGAAGAAUAUCGGAUACGGAUUUGCUUCAGGUUUACUUGCCUCGCGGGGCAUACAAAUCUCACAGGGCUCCGGCGAAGCAUUUGCUAGCAACCAGAGCGAUACCAAUCCCGCCUUUAAUCCCAUUACUGGUCAGCGAUGGGAUGCUGAGCCACAAGACACUGGGCCCGCAAUGACCCAAGAAGAAAAGGAGCGGGAAGCCGAGCGGUUAUUCGUGCUUUUCGAAAGGGCCCGCGCUAAUGGAUUUAUCGCAGAGAAUCCCGUCGCCCAAGCAGUGCGAGAGGGAAGAUUCGAGGAACUUCCGGACGAUGCCGACAGCGACCUCGAUUGAGAACCAAAUUUGCCCCUUCAGAUAGUUUCCGUUUUUGUCUUCCACUCGGUUGAAUUGAGGCGUUCAUAAUGCUGUUGAGAUUGCCAUUUCGAACCUGUAUACCAUAUAUGCCGUGCUGCAGCGAGUGUCUUUAGCGGUUGGAAAUAUGACAUUAUAUACGAAUACCCCAGAAUAUGCAGAGGUGAUUGAAUUCUUUUAUGGUGUUGAUAUUCAG